AAGCCAAGCUGUUAUUUUGUGGCGUAGAGCUGGGAGGGAUGAGUCUGAGCUCAGUCACUCAGCACAUAAAUACACACCCCCUGGUACAGAGAGCAACACUGGAGCCAGCUCGCCGGUAGGAAGAGGAAGAAUCUGCUUUAACUUCUGAUUCCUGGAACUCCUAGUUUCCGAGGACUUUCUGAGACGUGUCACUUUCUUGGAAAAACAGGUUUGUUUAUUGAAAUCCACUACUGCAUCCACCAUACUGCUGAAAAAGAUCCCUCCCCACUGUGUUUUCAAAAGGCCAUGCAACCCCUGAAGAAGUACUUCACUGAAGGCCUGAUUCAGGUGGCCAUUGUCCUCAGUCUAGCUGGGAUGCAUGUAGAUGUGGAUCCUUACCUUCCUCCUCCACCUAACAUCAAUAUCCAAAGCCGAGGUCUGACUCAGAUCCAGUCCAACAACCUAGAGAACUCUCCAGAAGGAUAUGGUCUCCAUAUGAAGAGCCCAGAUGUGGAAGCAUCUGUUCCAGUUCCCAGGUUGUUGCGAUGGGUACGCUCACUGCAGCACCUGCACAUUCCGACAGCACAGCUCGAGGCCUGGCUGGUCCACAGUGAGUCUGAUAACAGCGGGAUGACUAUGCCUAGCCUAUCUGGUUCCUGGGAUGAUGGUGAUGAGCUGGUGGACAUGGAGGACUCAGCAAGUUUGACCAUGAGGAUGGGAGGUGGGGGGAUUGGAGAAUUGGGGCAUGAUCCAGUUUUGGCUGAUGGAAGUUUGGGGGUGGUGACCACACUCUCAAGAAGUCCAAUGGAUAGUGAAGACGUUAAAGAGGAAGCAGAUGAAUUUUCACAAUGGCAGCAAGAACUCAACCAAAAUAUCCACCAGGAUCAAGUACUUCAAGGACAAAAUCAAUACUUCAGUCUGCUUGAUGAGGAUGAGUUCAUGGUGGACAGCUGGCGGCAUGCAAACCCAUUUCAUAACCCGGUGACUAGGAUACGAGGGGAUGCACAGCAGUUCCCAGGUGUACAGGAAGAUAACUUGCUGUCUACUGAGGAACGUCUGCAAUUACUGGAGGCUGGUUUCCCCGUAGGACAUGACCAAUAUUUGGCAGAUCUUGAUCCAGUGAGAACUGAUGAAGACACAUUGCAGCACCACACGUCUCUUUUCUCCCCUCUGUUGCCUCAACAUGAGCCUGUGUUGGAUCUAGAACAGCAAUGGCAAGAUGUUUUUGCCGUCUUGGGUCCACAGGAUAUGAACGCAGAUGACUUAUUGAACAGUUCUCCCCUCAAUGACGGGGGAAGCGCAAGAGAAACAGGAACUUUGGAGAAUCCCAUACAGCAAAAUUUAAGCCUAGAUCAAUCUGAUUUUCCAAGAUCCAGUUGGCUCUCCUCUGCAAGCAACACAGCAGUCAGAGAAGACGAUCAUCUUUCUAAUGAGAACGAUACCUCUUUGAAUGUUUCAAACUCCUCUGAUGUAAAUUUGAAUGACAAUGACAUCAUAGACUUCCUCCUUUCUCCAACACCAGACAAUUCAAAUGUCAGUAUACCCAGUUUCUCUAUAGAGGAACUAAACCAGUCGAAUUUCUUUGGCCCUCUACUGAAAGAAUCCAUGCUUGAUGAAAAUAGUCUGUUGAAUCUAGCACCGGAGAAUGGAUCUGACCAGUCAGAGGUUCUCCAAAAAGAGGAUCAAGCAGACUCUGACUCUGGACUCUCCCUGGACUGCAGCCAAAGUCCUGUUUCCCCAAGUAGGUCUGAAUCCUCAUGCUGCUCAUCAUCCUCCAGCUCAUCAUCGACAUACUCUGUUCCUGAGGAGGGGGCUGUAGGAUACACCCACAUCAAAGAGGAACCAAUCGAUGAGGAAGGAGCUGUUGGAGGUUAUACCCCAGAACAAAAGAUGUGCUACACGAAUUAUCUGCAAUUCCAAUACUCACCCUGGCUUGAGCAUAUAGGUCAUGAUCAUACCUACAACCAGCCCCAAUAUACCGACCAAAGAAAGCCUCCCAAAGAGCACUUAAAAGAACAUCUGGACUAUAAAUUCCAAGACAAGCUGCCUACAAGGGAUGAGAAGCGAGCACGUGCCAUGAGGAUUCCAUUUUCAACUGACCAUAUUGUUAACUUGCCUGUUGAAGAGUUCAAUGAACUUCUUGCUAAGUACCGCUUAAGUGAGGCUCAGCUCACACUUAUUAGAGACAUUCGUCGCAGGGGCAAGAACAAAGUCGCUGCGCAAAACUGUCGUCGCAGGAAGCUGGAUGUCUUACAGAAUUUGGAACGUAGCAUUGAUGGCCUACGGCGUCACCGCGUGAGACUGCUCAGGGAGAAGUCGGAAGUUCUGCAUUCAGUUCGAGAGAUAAAACAACGCCUUAAUGACCUCUAUGAAGAGGUGAGGAAGAGACUCGGGGAGGUAGAAAGGAUUCCCUGCUCAGCCUUGGACUUUACUCUGCAACCGGGCAAUGAAAACCAUGUUUCAAAAUCCAAACGGAAAUCGGGCAAGAAGCAGAAAGAUAAGGAAUGAGGAGGAGACUGAAUAAUUCAUGUGCUAUUUGUGCCUGCAAGAUUCAAUGGCGCAGUCAUAAUUACCGAACCAUUCUUGUUACAGUGGAGUUGAUUUCUGUUGUAAUUUUAAUGGCUAAAAAUACAGCCAGCUGCUGUUAUGAGAAGGGAUGGAUGGAUGAAGGUAAGCAGUUAAUAAGGAAGCAAAGCAUCCAUGUUAACAGAUGUGGUGGGUUUUUUUUGUUUUGUUUUUUUAAUUUAUCCCCACCCCCUUUUCCAGUAAGUCAGUUUUUGUAAGAUACAACAACCCUCUGUGAAAAUGGAGAAAUUACUGUCAGGGACGACACUGGAUUCAUCCUAAAGUACUGGGGUCUGGGCACCUCGAGUAGGUCCUUGUAAAACCUUGUCUUACAACAGAAGAAAUUACAAGCCAUCACUGAGUUCUUAGUUAUUUGCCCAUGAAAUCCAUGAACUUUAAGCCAAAUCUCUAUAAAUCAAAAACAAGUAGGCCUAUAAAUAAGCUAAAUUCAUGUUCUGCCAAGUUCAGGAAUAAAUAGCUGUUACUAUACAUGUGAAGUGAGCAUAUUACAGUAGUGCUCGAAUGUGUAGGGUGUGAGUUGUGUGUGUGGUUUUUUUUUUAAAAAGGGGUCCCUGUCAGUUAUCUAGGUUAGAACAGGAGUGGAAGAGUUGUAAAAGGUGGUGCUACUCUAGAAGUUUGGAAUAAACAAGUAAAGACUUGGAUCCCAGAGUUAAUGCAAUGUCUCUACCCUGUGGUUGGUAGAAGAGAGCAACUGGACUUGCUUGAAAAGUCUUGAUGUUUCGCCUCUCAUCCGAAAGGCAUCCUCAGUUCUGCCUGUCUAAUAGGGAGUAUCAAGUAUUUAUCCUCUCAUGGAUCAUCAUAGAAUCCGAAUCAGAAUGCUGAUGGCUGCAUUGUAGGUGGCUGAUAGAUGUCAUAGACACCCACCUCUGUUCAGUGAUGGUCGUUCCAGGUUGACAAAAAUGAACCAUCCUCUCUGGCCAAGAUGUCUGCCAGUUUUCUGGAAGUCCUCUCAUACUCCCGCACCAGUCGAAGGGAACUCAUCCCAAAGUGCGUAGAAACACAUCUGUGAAGAUACUCAGUCAUCCAGGUACAUAGUAAU